UUUCGACCCGAAAAGCUUCUCCGAUUGACAUAAGCCCCUAACAAUGGCACCAAAGGUUUCGAAGGCCGAGAAGAAGAUCGCUUACGACAAGAAACUCUGCAAUUUGCUCGAUGAGUACACCCAGGUAUUGGUGGCGGUGGCGGAUAACGUGGGCUCCACGCAACUCCAGAACAUCCGGAGCGCACUCAGGGGAGAUUCGGUUGUUCUGAUGGGUAAGAAUACUAUGAUGAAGAGGUCUAUCAGAAUCCACUCCGACAACACUGGGAACAAGGCUAUUCUUGCCCUAAUUGAUCUCCUUGUUGGAAACGUUGGAUUAAUCUUCACAAAAGGUGACUUGAAGGAAGUCACAGAGGAGGUUGCCAAGUUCAAGGUUGGAGCACCCGCUCGUGUUGGUUUGGUGGCUCCGAUUGAUGUCAUCGUCCCACCUGGAAACACCGGUCUCGAUCCGUCGCAAACAUCUUUCUUCCAGGUUCUAAAUAUCCCAACCAAGAUUAACAAGGGUACAGUCGAAAUCGUCACCCCUGUCGAGCUCAUCAAGAAGGGUGACAAAGUGGGUUCUUCUGAAGCUGCACUUCUUUCGAAGCUCGGAAUCAGGCCAUUCUCUUACGGUCUAGUCGUCCUCAAGGUUUACGACAACGGUUCCGUUUUCAGCCCCGAGGUGCUCGACUUGACCGAAGACGACUUGGUUGGCAAGUUUGCCAUGGGUGUUUCUAUGGUUACCUCGUUGGCACUAGCCAUCUCGUACCCAACCCUAGCUGCUGCACCUCACAUGUUCAUCAACGCAUACAAGAAUGUUUUGGCUGUGGCUGUUGCAACCGAUUAUUCCUUCCCGCUUGCCGAUAAAGUGAAGGAGUAUCUUGCUGACCCGAGCAAGUUUGCUGUUGCAGUCGCUGCCCCAUCUGCCGCUGCUGGGUCGGGUGCUGCACCUGCUGCCGCUGCCAAGGAAGAGGAGAAGAAAGAAGAACCUGUCGAUGAAUCUGAUGAGGACCUUGGUUUCAGUCUUUUCGAUUAAGUUUAGUUUUGGUUGACGUUAAAAGAUUUUGAAUACGAAAACUUCUAGGUUUGACUAUAUGCUGUCGUUGAUUUUAGUUUUCAGUUUCCCGACAGCUGUUCAGACCGUAUUCCGCAGUUUUUUGUUAGUGAUAUUAUUUCUUUUUUUGCUUA